AUGAACGUGAAACCCACAUCCUUCAAUGGCACUGGAGGUUUUAUUGCUCUAACUCGAUGGUUUGAGAAGAUCGAGUCUAUUUUCGAAAUCUGUUUGUGUUCGGAAGCUGAAAAGGUGAAGUACGCCGCCUGCACUUUCAUCGAUAAAGCUUUGAAUUGGUGGAAUGGCCGAGUCAAAUCCCUCACCCUACUAGUAGCCAAUUCUAUGGGUCGGGAGAACAUGAAAGAGCUUCUACUUGCUGAGUACUUCCCUCGGGGCGAAUUGCAAAAACUGGAGCACGAACUCUUGAACCUAAAGAUGAAGGGUUCUGAUAUCGCCGCUUACACCUCCAGAUUUGAUGACCUAGCGCUUCUCUGUCCGAGAAUGGUUACCCCAGAAUAUAAGAAGAUUGAGAGAUUCAUCUGGAGGCUGACCCAGCUAACCACAUGA